CCGUUGAUAUCACCAAUAUUCCCGCCAUGGUGGCUCAGCUGGAGACUCACCAGGGCCAACAAGAUGAUCCCAUAGAGAAGACCAAGUCCCUGAUUUGUGCCCUUAACUUUGUCUCUCGAAACCUCCCUCUCCCUCCUGACGUAUACGACAGCGUUUCGUCUAUCUAUUAUGGCGAACACGACCCCGCAAUUGAGCCCUCCGGCUGUGGGUCCCAGACUGCUGGUGGAUCUGACCGUACAGAGGUGGCGGACAAGGUUCUGGAUAAUGGUAGGAUUUCUAGCACAGGUGAUUUACUAAGCGAAUUUGAGGAUGCACUUUCAAGACAACGUCCAAAAUGCGCAUCAGGUUCUGAAUUAUCAAAAUCGAGGGAAAUUUUGUAUCGGAGCCACAUUCAGCAUCGAUUGCAUGAACUUGAAGGUCAGCAUCAACCUCAAGUUUAG